UCGCUAGAGUACAUUAGUAAUAUCAUUAUGCAUCUUAUCUCAAGGGCACGCGCUAUGUUUACCGAGUACCUGUGAACCUUAGGAAUGGAGGCCCUUUAAGUAAGGUUUAGGGUAUAGCUACACAAUCUACCUUGCUUGCCGCGGAGUUCUGUUGAGGUCAGCUAAAUCCGGGGAGUACUGCUGGGACAUGGCGGAAGUACCGUACGAAAGUCGUGGUAGCCUCACGUUUAAGAAUGGAGACUUUAUACUUGACCAGAAACCUCUCCGCAUCCUUAGUGGCACCAUGCACUACUUCCGGGUGGUGCCCGAAUACUGGGAGGAUCGCCUCCUCAAAAUGAAAGCCUGUGGACUAAACACCGUGGAGACCUAUGUAGCGUGGAAUAAGCACGAAGAAUAUCCGGGCAAGUUUGAUUUCGAGGGUAUACUGGACGUCAGGAAGUUUGUACAGGUCGCCCAGAAAGUUGGACUAUACGUAAUUUUCCGUCCCGGUCCGUACAUAUGUGCCGAGUGGGACUUCGGUGGACUACCAAGCUGGCUGUUGGCUGAUGAGAACAUGAAAGUCCGCAGUAACUACAAACCUUAUCAAGAUGCCGUGGAUCGAUUUUUUGCUAGACUUUUACCUUUAGUGACCGAUUUACAGCAUUCUAAAGGAGGGCCUAUAAUUGCCGUCCAGGUAGAAAACGAAUAUGGAUCUUACAGCGACGAAGUCGAGCAUCUCAUGUUCGUGAAAGAGUUGUUGCUGAAGUAUGGGACACAAGAACUGCUCCUCACGUCAGAAAAUAUAUUCGGGCUGAAGAGAGCGGCUUUUUAUCAACAUGCACUGCCGACGGCAAAUUUUCCGGAAAUGGGAGACGGUCAAAAACUUUUUGAUAUGAUCCGAGAAUGGAGUCCCGAUUUCCCUCUGAUGGUUAUGGAGUUUUGGCCAGGAUGGUUUGACCACUGGGGACAAGGUCACAAAGGACUGGCGAUGCCAUUGUUCGAGAACUGUCUGACAGGAAUAUUAGACGCAGGGGGUUCUUUCAACAUGUACAUGUUUCACGGCGGAACAAACUUUGGAUUCAUGGCCGGAGCAAACUACUUCGCGAAUUCAACGUACAAACCCGACAUCACAAGCUAUGAUUAUGACGCACCUCUAAGCGAAGCUGGCGACAUAACCCCAAAGUUCCUCAGAGCCAGAGAAAUUGUUUUCGAAAAGGUCCUGAAGCCAUCUGGUAUCUCCAAGUUGCCUGACCUUCCCCCGAAUACACCAAAAGCUAAUUAUGGAAAGGUGCCCUGUACACAUACGAUGAGCUUCAAUCAAAUGCUAGCUUAUGUAAAGAAUAACAUCGAAUGUCCCUCGCCAAUCCCAAUGGAACACCUCAAGAUACACGGUGGGUAUGGCCAGAACUAUGGCUAUAUCGUGUACCGUACAACUCUUCCAGCAGGGAAACGCCUACAGUUUUCCUCGCUUCCUCAGGAUAGGGCACAGAUCUUUAUCAAUGGAACUUUUAUUCACGUGAUUGAUUGGCGAAAUCCUGAUUUAGGAAUAAACGUCGACUGUACACAGGAUACAAACACACUGGAGAUACUGGUAGAAAACCACGGGCGUGUCAAUUAUGUCGAAUUUGGCCUUAAUCUACUGAAUGAACAUAGGAAAGGUUUGACCGGAGAUGUCUCAAUAGACGGCAAGAAACUGGAAUCGUGGAAUAUAAUUCCACUGGAAUUCGACAAGGAAUUUGUAAAAAGUGUAUGUCAGUGUGACAAAUGGGUGGCCACUUCUCCGUCGACCUGUUGUUACCCAGCAUUGUUCAAGGCCACACUGACAAUCACUGACGCACCGAAAGAUACUUUCCUAUGUACAAAGGGAUGGGGGAAGGGCAUUGUUUUCCUGAACGGUUUUAACCUUGGUAGGUUCUGGUGUGUCGGCCCCCAGCAGACACUCUACGUCCCAGCGCCACUCUUACAACAAGGAGACAAUCAGAUUUUGAUAUUUGAACAAGAAAAUCCAGGGAUGUCCAUCGAGUUCCUUGACGCUCCAAUAUUGGAUGAAACUGACAAAAGCAAUGUGGAGGAAGCCGACAAGGAAUACCCGACCGGUUCAUAAAUUUUAAAAUCGGAAUUUGUUUAUCAGAUAAUCAAACUGCCUCCAGCAAUACCGGUUUAUCUUUGAAGCAUCGUAGAACGGACAUACAAAUUAUUCGGAAGCUCGUUAGAGUGUCUGAAAAGAUUUACUGCCAUUUCACAAUAAAUGUGUCAUUUUGUAAUG